AUGAGGGCGGCCGCGCGGAUCGUCACCGGAUGCCCCCGCUCCACGCCGACACACGCGGUGAUGGCGGAGGCGGGGCUGACCCCUAUGGAAGAACGGAAGAAGGUCCUCGCCGCUCGGCUACUGGACCGUGCCCUGGCGUUACCGCCGACCGACCCCCUGUGCAGGACAGCUGAGGCCUCGGCGCCCUCGCGGCUGUCUUCUGUGCGGGGGUGGCGAACGCUGGGCCGCCAGAUGCUGGCUGAGGUGGAGGUCACCGCACCAAUCGAACCGGUGCUGCCUCCUCGCAUCCCGCCGUGGGAGCGCGGAGGAAACGUCACAUUCUGCCUGGACGUGGGGCCGCUACGAACCGGUGCGACAGAGGGAGAGAAGAUACGGGCUGCCACCCGUCAUCUUGCCACUCUGCCACAGAGAGCAACCUGGUUGUGGACAGACGGCUCCGUGGAGGGUGGCGUCAAGGACGGAGGUUCUGGAGCUGUGGUCAUCUGGUCGGACGGGGAGGAGGAAGACCUGAAGACACCGGCCGGUCGACACUGCUCCAGCUACCGAGCAGAGAUGCUCGCCCUGGCGUCCGGGUUUGAGCACCUGCUCGACAACCCACGAGACCGUGACAUCCCCAUCGUGAUCUGCACGGACAGUAUGGCCUCCCUGGCUACCCUCCGGGCGGGGCCAACCGCGCAGACGUCACCGCUAGGCGUCAGGAUCUGGCGGGCGUUUUCGCGUCUGUCCCGGGAGGGUCACCGCCCGAUUCACGCCCAGUGGGUGCCUUCCCACUGCGGGAUCGAAGGCAACGAGCGGGCAGACGCCAUGGCAAAGGAAGCGGCGGAGCUACCACAGGAGGACAUCCCCGUCGACACCAGGACCAUCUGCCGAGCAGUAGCCAGAGCCGCCAGAGAGGCUACCAUCAAGAACUGGCCAGCCGGGUGGUUCCGGUCCGUGAUGGGCGACCGCCUACCGCCCCGAGUUACCGGCUUGGAGCGGUCCAGCGCGGUGGAUGUCCACCAGCUGAGGGCCGGGCACUGA